AUGUCGUCACCGGCAGCCUCCGCCUCGGGCGACGGUAAGAAAAAGGCCGAGCAGAUCACGUUCCGCUUCUGUUCCGAAUGCAGCAACAUGCUGUACCCCAAGGAGGAUGAGGCGCAGCGCAAGCUCAUGUACACCUGCCGCACGUGCAACUACUCCGAGGAGGCCACCUCGUUUUGCGUCUACCGCAACGUUCUGAACAAUGCCUCGGGCGAGACGGCGGGUGUGACACAGGAUGUCGCCAGCGAUCCUACGCUGCCAAGAGCCAAACAAACUUGUCCGGCUUGCAACCACACGGAGUCUGUCUUCUUCCAGUCACAGCAGCGCAGCGCGGAAACGGGAAUGAAAUUGUUCUAUGUCUGCUGCAACAGCGACUGCGGCAACAUCUUUCAAUAG